UUUACAUUUUCAAGACCCACACAAAAAAAUGGACCAAAAAUUACUCCAAUUUUUACAAAAAUGCAAUACUAGCAAACAAUUAAAAGAAACCCAUCUUCAGAUUAUUGUUAAUGGCUUCACAAAUAACAACUUUAUAGUACCAAAGUUGAUAACUUUUUCCUCAAACCUCAUUUCACUUAAUUAUUCACUUCAUAUAUUUAAAACCUUACAAAACCCAACUCUUAUUUCAUACAACACUUUGAUUAAAUGUUUCAUAGGAAAGACAUUUAAAUAUGCAUUAUAUACUUAUAAUCAAAUGAGGGUAUCAAAUAUUACACCUAAUAGUUUUACAUUUACGUUUUUAUUGAGGUGUUUUGAGUCUUUUGAGGCUAUAAAAGCUGGUGAAGUAGUGCACAGUGAGAUUGUGAAAUUGGGGUUUGAAUCAAGUGUGUUUGCUAAGAAUACACUUAUGGAUUUUUAUGCUAAAUGUGGUGGGAAUUUGGGUUCUGCUCGUAAGGUGUUCGAUGAAAUGUCUGAGAGAGAUGUUGUUUCGUGGAAUACGAUUAUUGGUGCUUAUAUGAUUCUUGGUAAUCAAGAAUAUGCGCUUUGUUUGUUCGAGGCUAUGCCGGAGAGGAAUUUAGUUACGUGGAAUUCGGUUAUUGCUGGAUUAAUGAAGGUUGGGAAAAUGGCGUUGGCUCGUUCUGUUUUUAAGCGUAUGCCUGAGAAGAAUGACGUUUCUUGGAAUACGAUGAUUUCUGGAUAUGUAAAGUUGGGUGAUGUGGAAACUGCUAGAACUAUUUUUGAUGACAUGCCGGAGAAAAGUAUAAUCUCUUGGACCGCGAUGGUGUCAGGAUAUGCGAUGGUUGGUGAUUUGAGAUCGGCGAGAGAGAUGUUUGAUCGAAUACCAGCGAAAAAUGUUGUUUCGUGGAAUGCCAUGAUUGCUGGAUAUGUAAAUAACCACAUGUUUGAUGAAGCACUUUCGGUGUUUCAGCAUAUGUUGAUUGAUGGAAAUUGUAAACCCAAUCAGACCACUUUGAUUAGUGUACUCUCGGCUUGUUCACAUUUGGGGUCUCACGAGCAUGGAAAAUGGAUUGAAUCUUUUAUAAGAAAGAACAAAUUUGAUUUAUCAGUUCCACUAGGAAAUGCUUUAAUUGACACAUUUGCAAAAUGUGGAGAUAUGGAAAAUGCAAAAGCAGUUUUCUUAAGGAUGGGUCAGAGAUGCAUAAUUACUUGGACUACAAUGAUUUCAGGAUUAGCAGUCAAUGGACAUUGCAGAAACGCCCUAGAACUCUAUGAAGAGAUGUGUUUGGAAGGAGUAGAGCCGGAUGAUGUUGUAUUUAUUGCUGUUCUUUCAGCUUGCACUCAUGGAAGGCUGCUGGAAGAAGGGAAAAGGAUAUUUUGCCAGAUGGUUAAUGAUUUUGGCAUUAAACCACGGAUUGAGCAUUAUGGAUGCAUGGUUGAUCUUCUUGGCCGAGCUGGAAAGUUUGAAGAAGCACUGAGUUUCAUUAAGAGCAUGCAUUUGGAACCUAACACAGUCAUUUGGGCUAUCUUGCUUUCUGCUUGUAAAAUUUAUAGAAAUGGGGAUUUGUUAGAAUCCUUAACCAGGAGGAUCCUGGAGCAAGAGCCUAACAACCCAAGUUAUUUAACAUUGAUAAUGAAUUUAAGCUCUUCUAUUGGGCUGUGGCAAGAUGCCUUGAACAUCCGUAUAGCUACUAGAGGCCAAGGAAUAGAAAAAAUUCCUGGUUGUAGCUCAAUCCAAAUAGGAAAUAGUGUCCAUGAGUUCUUAGCUAAAGAUACAAAGCACCCACAGAGGAAGGAAAUCUAUAGAAUAUUAGGGUUCUUAAAUGGACACUUAAAAUUAUGUGAGGUCGAGUGAAUUUUAAUGGCCAUGGCUUCUUAGAGAAUCUAUAGAUAGCAAGAUCUUGUAGUGUCCGUUUCUCGAAGGUUACUUUCUUGAAUAAACAUGAUUCUGACAUUGGUUAUCUUACAUGUAACUUGAAGUUGCAUGAUCAUAGAGGAUGGACUACUGAUUUGAAUUAAGUACUCUUGUGAAAUGAAAUUUGAGAUUUCUCAAAGUAAGCUGCAGGGAGAGGAAUCAAGUCAGAGAAACUGUGAUGUCCAAUCAUGAGAAUAAUUUAUGCGUCGAAGUUUUGGGGCAAUAUGAGAUGCAUGAAGGUAUUAUUUCUCAGGCCGUGGAAGCAUAGCUAAAGUAUGUAUCAGAAUGAAUUAAGGGACAGCAUUAAAGACUUGUCUGGUUCCUGUUUUCCCUCUGCUUAGAUCAUCUUGCUUCCUGAUGAACAUAAACAAUGAGUAUUUAAAAUUAUUGGGUGGGGGCACAGAAUACUGGACAAGGCAACAAGCAUAAGUUGAGCUUUUCCUGUUUUUGGGCUUCGCAGGAUUAUGUGGCCUUAAUGCAAAAAUUAACUACCUUAAGAAGGAAAUUAACUAUGAGGAAAAACUUUUGUGCGCUUAGCAGAAUUUAAUGUUGUCCUUUUAUAGAAUAUACUUACAUUGUUUUAAAAUUUAACAUAUUAGUUCCUGAAGUACAACAUCACUAUAAGAUAUGAUAUGUUGGAGUCAAAUGUCUCUGAACAUUGCCCUUUCUGGUAAACAUUUUAAUCCACGCACUUGCACAAACUUUCCUCCAAGUGUACUUCUUAACUUGUUGAGUUUUCUACUUCUGCUCCAAACCCAAUUUAUACCUGUUGAGUCUUCUCUUUCUGAUCACACCCACACCUUAACUUGUUGAGCUCACUUUUUCUUUUCCAGACACACCUUAACUUGUUGAGUUUUCUCUAUGUACUCCACACCACACUUUAGCCUGUUGAGCAAAUCUGAACUUCUCAAAAAUUUGAGCUUAUCAGAAAAGGGAGUUUUCAAGUCCUCAAACCCUAAAAUGGUCAGACGUGUGAGAGGAUGUCAGAUUGUACUAAAGAGUUUAUAAUGGUCCCGGGCUACUUCAUCUAUUGCCUUAAGAUUUUGAAUUGGAUGCUCAUAUUCUAUCACAGCGUGCUUUAAACUGAAUGAAAAAGAGUAUCAAAAAGAGAUGAUAUUUGAGCAUAUAGACAAGGGGCCGAACAACGAAAAAAAGGAGCAGUGGGUUGACUGGAAAGUUGAGACGGAUCUAGAGGAUGGAAAGAUGGAGGAUUGGUCAGAAAGUGUUGAAGGAUGACUAGAUUGCAGCAAAUCUAGAGUUUAGGAGGAACUUCUCACUCUUGGAACAUGAGAAAUCAAGUCAAUCAAUUCCCUCACAUCGAACAACAGUUUUUGUGUGCAAACACUGUCUCUUUUCCAACUUUCUGUCAAAAAUAUAGUGCUGAAAGUGGAAGCUGGUUGGAAGAGAAUGUGAUGGUGGCACUAGUAUAUGGAAGUUGAAGUACUUUGAUUGGUUAGUAUGCUGUUCACCAUGGUAAUAGUAAAUCAAAAAAUCCUUUUAGCUUUAAAGUCAUCUGGUUUUAAUGCUGCAAGUACAUUAUGAACUACCAAACUGAUCAUGAAAAGCCUGAUACUUAUGUCAGUUUUGAUUUCACUUUCAUUAUACCUCAUGUUUGUAUCUUAUAUUGGUGUUUUCCGUUUAUGGAAAUGAUGCAAUAACUCCCAAUCCUGCCAGCCACCCCAACCAAAAAGGAAAAAGUACAAAGUGAAAAUAUAAAUACUCCAGUUUGUUGGACAUGACCUUCAAUUUACUGAGUAUAGUUAAAUUAUAAGAGAAUCUGCUAUCUUUGAAUUUCUGUUUGCUUCAAAGCUCUCUUAAUCUCCUCCUCCCCCCCAAGAAUUUUUAAAAGAAGAUGCCCUACGAGAAAUUCAAUUGAAUACUAUCUCACUUGUCAUAUUUACUUUUGAAGAUAUAACGAGUAUGAGACAAAGAAAUAAACAAAAAUUGACUAGUCCUAACAGAUCCUUGUUGGGAAGUUGAAUAAGGAGUUAAUAAUAUCGUGAUAGGAUCGCCCAAUGGCAAUGCAGGUUGGGUUUGUAAUAUCAGAUCCAUCCUUUCAUUCUCAUACUGGUUUUUUGUUAUGAAAUGACGCUGUGCCUUCCAGCCUUACUGCACACAACCUCCAAUCUCAGGAAAGAGAAAAGGAAAUAGGGAAACAUGCUUCAGUUAUUGGAGAAAAACCUUCUAAUAUUGCUGGUAAAUCGUAGUUCAAUUAAAUAUAGAAUCAGAAUAACUUUGACUUUCUCUUUGCUUUCUUGUUUUUUGUCAAAUAUGCUUCCCAAAGUCUGUUGGUUCUUGUAGUUUCCUUGCAGGCCAGUAUCCUCUUCAACUCGCUCCCAAAAUGUAUUAAGAAAAAAUGAAAUUCUGCAUUCAGAUUUUGUUUCUGGUGUUGAAAUUGUUGAACCGGACAAUGAGUUCGAAAGGAACGUAACACAAGCAGACAAGGGAAGAGCAAAAGUUACAGACUUACGAGUAAACACUGAACAAAGCCUUGUUCAGUCGAGCUAGCAAAAAUUGUAGUUCCCGACCAAGUUGAGUUUUCUAAUUUCUUCAUGGGCUUAACCAAGUGGCAUGCACCAAGUUUGACUAGAUCAUGUUUUAUGAAGCAUUUUGGACCAGGUGCCUUUUGAUAUAACCUGGUUGGGUCUGAGAUUAAGAAACAGUCAUGAGAAGGUCCUCAGAAGCUGAAAAUUUCGUCAAAAACCAAUUCUUCUGAGGAAAUAUGGGUGGGAGUGUUAAGUCCAAAAGCUCUUGUUGGCUAAUAAAAUAAUGAAAGUCAGGAAUCGAAGAGUGAGGCGAGGAAUUGAUGAGAGGAAACUAGGAUGAGCAUCAAGCAUCAUGGAAGGCCUAUAGAAUCAAAGAACUGAUGCGAAGGUUGUCUUUUUGUUGUCAACCAAAAUUACUAUUCU